AUGUCUGGGGAUGUUACAGGACUCAACCAUCUGCUGAAAAGCCCAUUCUCUAUUCAUCCUAAGACUGGAAUGGUUUGUGUACCGUUCGACCCAGCCCGCUUCGACGACUUUGACCCAGCAGCAGUCCCGACCUUGGACCAGCUUAUCCAUGAGCUAAACGAGCUAAAUAAUCCGAGCGACAAAAAAGACUUGAGCUCCGCUCAUCUUUUGCCGUACAAACACACGUCGCUCCGCCAGGCAAUUGAACUUUUUGAAGCAUUCACUGAAACGGUAUCUAAAGACACAACUGUUAACUCAAACAAAGUAUGUAGAAAGACCCUAUUCACAGAAAGCAAUGAAUCAUCCCUGUCAUCUGUGCAAUUUUAG